AGUAAAUGCAAAACCCUUGGGGAAUUGGGGGCUGUACUUGGAUUUUGGAGUGACGCAUCAACGCAGACGCUCUCUUCUCUCCCCACUUCUCCCAGAAAUCAAUCAUCCAAUUCAGCUGCAAAUCCCUUUUCCGAACAUUCAUAGACAAAUUGGUGUAUAUAUAUAUAUACAUACCUAAACACACACUCACACACACAUAAGAAAUUGCCGAUCUUUCAUUAUGUCAAAUCGAUUCGUUAACCAGAACAAGAAUGAUUACAGAACUUCAGCAAAAUCCCAGAAGAAAUUUGUUCCCAAGAGGGAUUCCCAGAACCCUAACUCUCACCAAACCCUCUCUAACACCCUCCGCUCCACAAACACCCCUACCGGCGAAGGAGGCGAUGCUGUGGCGGCGUCUGCUAGCAGAGUACGGGUGGGUGAGGAUGGGUUAAGUAGAGCCUCCACGAGUGGCAAUUUUGUAAUUUACUUGCCCCAGGAUGAAGCUGUGGCGGCUGGGCUGGAGGAGGGCGGAUUGGAUCCUGUGGAGUCUCAGCGUGUUGUUGAUCUGCUGAAUAGGGAGUUGUCUCGGUUGCUGAAGUUGCGCCCUAGAGAUUUCUGGAGAGAAGUGGCCACUGACGAAUCACUGAAUGCCUUCCUUGAAAGUUUUCUGAAAUUCAGAAGUAGGUGGUAUGAUUUCCCACACCGUGGAGCCCGGGAAAUAGUUGCUGGAGUGAUUGUUGGCGAGUUUGAGCUGUGUCGGCGAGUCUUCAUGGUCUUGUACCGCUUAUCAUCCAACCGGGAUCCUGGGACUAAGGCUGCUGACUCAUUGAGUCCAAAAGAUCAUGAGGCCCUUCUGCAGAAAAAGAAGUUGCUGGAGUUACCAAAACUGUUGGAUAUAUGUGCCAUAUACGGUCAUGAAAAUGAAGAAUUGUCCCAAAAACUGGUGACAAAUGCAAUAAAGGUUCAACCAUACAUCCAGGAUGCUUUUCCUGUUUUGAUAUCGCACUUCAUUAGCAUUGUCCAGACCAUGUAUCAACGAUGCAACUCAACUUUAGAGGGUUUGCUUAGUUCUGGUGGCCACCAAGACCAAGGAUCCAGUCAUCUUCAUCUCGACUAUAUGGAGGUUAUGGACUUCAUUAAUGAUUCAGUUGUAUCGUUGGACUCAUUUGUUAAUGCACAUAAACAUGCAGCUGUUUUCUUCUCUUCCCCGGUUGAACUGAGUUAUGGGAAUGAAGAAUUGCUCACCACCCUUGCAAGGCUACAUGACUCAUUUCUUCCAUCAUUGCUAAAAGGCUUCCAUAUUCUUUCUGAAGCAGCUGAGGAUAGAAACAAGGAAAUAUCGAGUGAUUUGCUUUCAAAUGCUUUUACUAGCCUGAAGAUAUUGUCAACGAGGAUUGCAAAAUUUGGAUGGAGAUUACUUUAUUUCUGCUAUCUUAGUGAUGAGGCUUUUGAAAAUAGUUAUUCUUUUCCAGUUUCAAUGAAGAUGUUUCCAGCAAAUGUGGAGGACCCUGUUGUUAGGGCUGAUAUUAUAAUACAGACGAUAAGAGAUCUCACUGUUGAUCACACAGAUGGUCCUGGGGGACGAACUUGGGGAACAUUUAUCCAGGAAAUUGAGAAGAAUCACAAAAUGAUGAGUAGGAUUGAAUUAUUGCGGGAAACAGGUUGGUUAUCAAUAGAUGAUGAACAAUUUCAAUUUCUUGCUGUGAUCAUGAAGACUUCAGCACGAGCUGAUAUCAAGCAGAAAUCCUCUAAUCCAUUACCAGCUAGCAGUUACAAGACCCAGACAGAUGAAGAUGUGGCAAUUGUAGAGUCAAAAAUUAGUCAAAUCAAGGAACUGUUUCCAGAUUACGGCAGAGGCUUCCUAGUAGCAUGUCUUGAAGCCUACAACCAAGAUACAGAAGAGGUGAUUCAGAGAAUCCUUGAAGGAACUCUUCAUGAAGAACUGCAAUCUCUCGACAUCUCAUUGGAAAAAGUGCCGCCUUCAAAGCCCACAUCGUCGGGGAGUAGUCAUGACAAGGGUAAGGGGAAACUAGUGGAGUCUGCAAUAUCUCCUCCGGAAGUCAUGGCACCCACUACUGUGUACCAAGCUGGAGCUUCUUCAGUUUCGUCAUCUUCUUCAUUUGGGAGGUUCACGCGGAAGAAUAUGAAUGACUUGUAUGAUUCCGAGACCCUAAAUGCCAAAAAUGACGAGGCACUAGCAAAAACUGCAACCCUUGCAUCUCAGCUGGAGUAUGAAGAUGAGUAUGAUGACUCUUUUGACGAUCUGGGUUUAAGUGUUGGUGAUUCGGGACUCGAGGAGUCUGAGACCCUCGGGGAGAAACACACACACAGGGGAAGAAGUACAGAAGCUGACACAGGCAGCUCGACUUCUGGUGCCGACAGUUCAAAGUGGGGCUCGCGUAAAAAGCCCCAAUUUUAUGUCAAAGAUGGUAAGAACUACAGCUAUAGAGUGGAUGGUGCUGUGGCUGUGGCCAAUCAAAAUGAGGCAAACUUGGUUAACCUAGCACAAAAGGAACUUAUCCAUGGCCUGGGACGAGGUGGAAACCUCCCCUUGGGUGCAGUUAAAAGUUUAGUAGACUCGAAAGAGGAGCAGAACGAUGAAGAGGAUGGUGGUGAUGAAGGUGGAAGACGAGGAGGACGAGGAGCUUACAGGGGCAGGGGAAGAAGAGGUUUUAUCUCCAAUACAAAUACAAUGAAUAGGUCUUCUCCUGAAUCAAAUGAGCAGCAAGAAGGGCAAGAUAAUGACGGAGUUGGAGGAAGGGGAGGCGGCUUUGGGAGAGGUGGAGGAAGGAGAGGAGGCGGCGGUAGGGGAAGGAACAACUUCAGGAAAGACAGAGCAAUGAGCAAGCAUCUAGGUGGCUUACCUGCUCAUUACAACUAAUCCAUAUAUUUUUCUUCUUCACUUGAAUAUGUUGACCCUCCUUUUUUUGUAUAGACUUUGGCAAAAUCCACUUUUUGUAGCGAUCAAAUCAAAUGUGUAUCAGGGGACGACCACAUUCUGCCUCAUAGCUAUGGCGUUGCUUGUUUUUUUAUUCACGAGGAUAUCAUUUUAUCA